AUGUCAUCUUCCAGCAACAAGAUCGCCUCGGUUCCUGCCUCACAACAAAUAUCCCAAGCAAACUCUCAAUCUCAACGUCGAUCAGAGCACCCUGGGACACUCGUAAUUGGUACCUGUGCCCAUCGGGAAUUCUUUCCAUUCUCACGCUGGGCAUAUUGCGUUUCCUCCCCAAUAGUGUCUUACAGCACUCUCAUAACCAAUGAUUAUGACCCUGAAAUUACCUUCUGGCAUCGCAACGAUCUCACCAUCUCACUGGCAGCCAUAUCCUUCACAGUGGACCUCCUCUGGGCGGACAUUACAGAAAGUGCUCCCACGUACGACAAGGUAAGCUGUGUCGAGAUCCAUACGAAUUCUGUCGCUGCCAUCGCUAGACUAUGGCCUGGUGUGAGGAGCUACAAGAAUGAGCAUUGCCUGCCACCGGCCGUGAAGCAGGAAAUUCAGAAUCAGAACCUGACCGCUCGGGGAUAUAUACUAGGGAAGAACAAUAGGCCCUCAGAUCUAAUUGCUAGACGAAUUGAGCGUAAGCUUGAUCUGUUGAAGAAAGGGGGUGUGAAAGUAGAUGUUUUGUUUGCGACACAGGGAGAGACGAUCCAAGAUGCGUAUGCCGGAGCAGCAGAAGAGGCUAGGGAUGGGGUGUUCGUAGUGGAGAUGUACGAGAAAUUGAAAAAAUUUGGAGGAAGGAGUGCAGCGAAGUAUGAAGGGUUGAAGUAUAAAUGUCGCCGUAAGAUGCUGCAGAGCAGGGAAUUGUGUGUUGGAGCUAAGCGAGCUUGUGUUCUUUAUAUUUCCCCAUGGGGCCGCCCUUCUUCUGUGUAUUUGCCUGCUCACAACUGGGGCGACGGCGAUCAAAAAUAG